AUGACAAAUCAUAUACCGAAAACAGGAACUUGCCAACUAUUGGGACCUGUCUCCUUAGUCAUCCAAAUUUUGAUGGGGAUUCUAGUAGUGAUAGUUCUAUUAAUUAAGAGGGAAUAUGAACAUCCACGAAGGAAACUUAUAGUAUGGUGCUAUGACACCGGGAAACAGAUCGGUGGUUCCCUAAGUAUUCAUUUUAUUAACCUGGGAUUAAGUAUUAUCAAAAGGAAAAGGCAAACAAUUAUUGGUAUUUUAUUAAGGGAAAAAACAAUAUAUAAUUUACUCGAACCUUUGGAUGAUGACGAUGAUGGUGACGGAGAUCAAUGUGACUGGUAUUUCCUAAACUUAUUAUUGGAUACUACUUUUGGUAUACCUAUUCUGUGGUUGGCUCUUAAAUUUUUACAAAGAAUAUUAAGUUAUUUCAAAAUACAGAAUGUUGAAAGUGGGAAUUAUUACUUAGCAGAUGAUAAAAGUACUCAGAAAAAAAUAUUAUUUAGUGCAUUCUUAAGACAAUUAUUAGUGUUCGUUACAGGCCUAAUAAUAAUGAAAUUCUUUGUAUUUUUAUUCCUAAAUUUCUUCGAAGAUGCUGCUUAUUGGUUUGCUAAUAUAAUACUUGGUUGGGCUGACAAAUGGCCAAAUUUUCAGGUAUUCUUAGUGAUGUUUGUAUCACCGGUACUAUUAAAUUGUUUCCAAUACUGCUGCAUUGAUAAUAUCAUUAAAUUACAUAGCGCGGAUUACAAUAAUAUUGACAAUUUUGAACAAGAUGCUUUAUUUAGUGAUGAUGACGAUGAUGAUAAUCAAUCAAGUUCCCCACAUAGUGAUAAUUUCCUGACCAAGUUUAGAAGGUACCGUCGUGAGAGUAAUAAUGGAUCAUCACUUUAUGGAAGUAUUAACUGA